CUCUGUGCCACUGUAUGCCCCUCCCUCCCCUCUGUGCCCUCUCUGUGCAACUGUAUGCCACUCCCUCCCCUCUGUGCCACUGUAUGACAUUCCCUCCCCUCUGUACCCUCUCUGUGCCACUGUAUGCCACUCCCUCCCCUCUGUGCCCUAUCUGUGCCACUGUAUGACAUUCCUUCCCCUCUGUACCCUCUCUGUGCCUUUGGUGCUUUUACCCAGUGGAUCAGGCAGGGUGGGUGGGAGGAGCCUGUGACAUCACACAAAUGAAUUGGCUAUGAAAAAGAGAAACGAAAGUUAGAAGCGAAACUGACGGAGAGACGUUGAGACACAGGGAAAGGAAGAGACAAAUAAAAUCGCUUGACUCACACCGAGGGGACCUACAGGAAGCCGGCAGGUGCCAUUAAUUGGUGGGAGAGACCCGGGAUGUUGGGCUGAUCCUCCUGCACAAGUUAUGGUGCACUUGUCACACUCAGUGGAGAGCAGCCUGGCAAGGCUUCAGGAGGAGGUAGAACUGCGACUGGCAUGUGGUACCUGCUGCCGUAAGAAAUAUGUUGUUACAUACAUCCUGGUGCCGUGCCAGCACAUCUGUGGUACUCAACUUCUCUUGGCUAAAUCUAAGAGUGCCACUGCCAGGCAGGAGUGGUAUGAGAUCAGACGACUGCCCGUUUUCCCACUGCCAGCCCGGUAUGAGGUGUGUUGGCAUUUCGGGCCCAGAACUGGGUGCACCAGGCACCAGCAGAAUUGUACCUUCUCCUGGAAUGAGGAAGAGAAGUUGAUCUGGUCCUUUGAACGGAAACAUCAAUUGGAAAGGAGCCAACUGCGGGCACUUCUGCAACCCACCCAACACUCUGACACUCUUCCCAAUGCCCCCAGCAGCUGGCAGGACAUCCUUAAUGAAUAUGGAGGGCAGUUUCAAGAAGUGUGUGAGCAGUGUUUUUAUCAGAGUCCCCCCAUGGUCACAGUCUUGUGCCAGUCUCACCCCCGGCCUGUGCCCCUCCUGAUGCACAUUCUGAUUAAUGAGACUAAGAAGCAGUGCAACCCUAUUCAUCCCAUGCCAUGCUCCCAGCACAUAUGCCUCUGCAGCCAGUCAUCCCGUGGGCUCAUGUGCGGGUCAGCAGGAAGGCAGUGCCCUAAAGCACACAGUGAGGUGGAACUGGCAGUGUGGAAGGCAGAGAAGGAUGCUGGACUCACCCGGGGGGAGCUAAUGGGGCAAGAUGCAAUAAAUAUGGGUUUCUACUGCCGCUUAUGUCGAGUCAGUGCCACCUCCCAAGAGAGCUUUGAGAUGCACUGCUCUAGCCUGGAACAUGGCAGAAUGAUGGCAUCAGAUUCACUAACUGUGUGGAAUUACCGAGCUCCACCUCUGGGCAAAGACAGCUUCACCCUGUGCAACAGCCCCCAGGUCUGCAUAUUUGGCAAUGGCUGCCAGAGGGCGCACAGCCCAGAGGAGCUGCAGGAAUGGAUUAUGCGGGUUCGGGUCAGCAGAUGGAACAGGCAGAUCUUGCAGCAGGAGGGCCUUCAGUCAUAUCAGGAGAGGCUGGUGCACGAUUAUCAGCUCAGUGGUGGCGAUUGCUCUGUGCUUUCUGCAGAAGUUAAAGGGGUUGAUGUUUCAUAUGACUCCCCGCUACGGGCUCACUGCCAGCAGAAGCCCGCAAAGAAACAAUGGCAACUUACAGUUCACACCAAGAUGCAUCUGAUCCAUGUGGCUCUGUUAAAGCAUGAUCCUGGGGCCACCUUCUCAUUAACAGCCCAAGGCCUGCCAGACUCCUGCUCUUAUGCCCGGGGGAGCAGCUUCCAUGUAAGGGAACCCCAGCAUUAUAAAAUUGGAGUCACUGUGGAGGCCACUGUCUAUGGAGUUUUUGAGCAGUGGGUGGCACUGGAUUUCGGCAUACGCCCUGUCUUGCUGCAGAAGAUCUUCCUACAUGUUGGGGGUGAAGGGAAUGCAGAAAUCCAACAGGACAGUCCUUCAAGUCAAGAGAGAGAGGUUUUGCCCUCCUCUGAGCGUUGGCACCCCAGCAAACAGUUAUUUAUACCAUGCAAAGAGAUGACACAGGAGGAGAAGCUCCUCUUGUUACUGUAUCAGCAGCCGAUCCUGAGUCAGACCCAUCAGCAUCCUGGACCUCAAAGACAGAUGGUCACUACAAAGAACUACAGGGAGCAAAUGCAUGCAGCAAUACUGAGAGAGGAAGCAGCGAGGGAACAAGCCAUUUCAAGGUUGAACCUGAAGGUUUCCUUGACAUUGAGCAAGAUGGUGGUGAGUUCUCAGGGAAUGAAAGUGGCUCCUCAGGGUGAGCUCUAUGCAUUGGUUCCUUUUCCCAAUGGAAUAACCCCAGACUCAGAAGAAGGCUACCUACUGCACAGAUCUGUGAGCAAUGCUCUCAUUGCUCCCGUUCCACAAACCAGCAAUAAGGUAUAUGAGGUGUAUGUAGAUACCAAUUCUGGCCUGGAGAACAUUAUCUUGCUACAGAUACCAGAAAGGUGCUGCCAAGAUCUGGGCCUGGAGAAUGGAACCAGCACUGAGUUGGAGAUCCAGUUCCAGUUGGACCGCCUGCAGUUCUGUAUGUACCAUGAGGCAGUGGAUCGGCUCCUGCAGGAGAGGUUGGUUCUCCCUGAACUGCUUAAAUGUUGUCUGCCCAGCACUCAGGGGUCCCCAUCCUGGGGAAACCCCAAGCAGCAACUAGCAGCCUCCUACAUUUGUGGGUCAGCUCCCGGGACAGAACAGGUCCCCCCUCUUCUUAUUUAUGGGCCCUUUGGAACCGGCAAAACCUUUACUUUGGCCAAAGCAGCACUGGAAGUCAUCAAACAGCCUGGCACCCGGGUCUUAAUCUGCACCCACAAUAACAGCGCUGCUGAUCUCUAUGUGCGAGACCAUUUCCACCAAUAUGUGAGCAGUGGCCACCCUGAAGCCACGCCCCUGAGGGUGAAAUACAAACUUAGCCCCCUAAACAGAACAGAUGGUGUCACACUGCAGUACUGCCCCCUGACACAAGAUGGUGCUGCAUUUCUGGUUCCAAAAAGGGAUCUCCUGGAACGCCACCGUAUCGUUGUAACUACUGCUGUUAUCGCUCGUGAUCUGGAUGUGCCACGGGGGUUCUUCAGCCACAUUCUCCUGGAUGAAUCAGCUCAGAUGCUUGAACCUGAAGCCUUGAUUCCUCUGGGACUGGCUGACCACUGUACCAGGGUGGUGAUUGCUGGAGACCACAUGCAGGAAAGCCCCAGACUAUUUUACAGAGGAGGUGAACAGGGGAGAGAGGAGCACACGCUACUUACUCGCCUCUUCUCACAUUACCAAUGGGACGAGUCUUCAGUGGCCAAAGGGGCACGCAUAAUCUUCCACCAAAACUACCGUUCUGCUACCGCCAUUAUCUCUUUUGUGUCCAAGUGCUUCUAUGUUGGGCGGGGGGAUGUGAUUGAAGCCUGUGAAGCUGAAAACAUUGCACCUCCAUCUGGCCAUCAUGCUCUUGGGCUUUGCCAUGCACACGGACAAUGUACCCGCGAAGGCAAUUCCUGGGUGAACCACUCAGAGGUGCUGCAAAUUUUAGAAGUGAUCAAAGAUGUCUUGAACCAAUGGCCAAAGCACUGGGGGCCAAUUAGCAAGAGCAGCAUCUGCGUAAUAUCCCAAGGAAGCCAGGUCAGGCUGAUACGUCAGGAACUACGCAAAGUAAAGUGGUCAGAGGUUACUGUGACAGACUACCAGAACAUUAUUGGGGGUGAGUUCCGUGUCAUCAUCCUGAGCACAGUUCAUACAGUGGACAGCCUCCCUUGCCUCUCUUCAUGUCCCUAUUCCUUUAGCCUGGCCUUCUUCUGUGACCCUCGCAUUCUGAACACAAUUCUCACAAGAGCUCGCUCUCAGGUCUUUGUAGUAGGAGACAUGGUGGCCCUGUGCUCCUUUGGUGAAUGCAGCCGAAUAUGGAGGCGCUACUUGCGGGAAUGUGUGGAAAAGGGCAGUGCCAAGCCUCCUGGUCUCACCGUGGAAGAGAUCAAGCAAGUGGUGUGUAAUCUGCAGCUUUGGAGGGAACAGCCCACAGAAGAUGAAGAGGACAGUGAGCCCUGGAUAUCAGAGCUAGACAUGAAAUGUGAGGACUCCAUUUUACAAGAGUUGCUAGACUGUAAGAAGGAGGCCUGUGUGACUGUAUCUGAGGAGGGCAUGCUGGAAGUCAGGUCAGAGGCUGACUCCAGGGACAGGAGAGAAACCUACACAGACUUUCCAAGGCACCAGCUGGAGCAGUACCUUCUGAUGCAGCCCAAUGUGUACAAAAGGUGCCUCAUGCACAAGGACCAAUUUGACCGUGGUUACGCUCUGACUCUAACAGACUGCCCCCCGUGUCGCAUUAACAUUAAUGGCAGGGUCAACUGUGGAUUGGCGUUCAGCGGAGACGAAGUUGUAGUCAAAGUGUUGCCAGAAACCAACCCAAGGGCAGGAAGAGUUGUCGGGGUGCUGACAGCAACGGAGGAAAAUCGGCGCUUUCUGUGCUUUAUGGACCCGUUUGACUAUAACAUCAUGGUCCCUGUCGACAAAUCAAUUACCAAGAUCUUUUGUCCAGUUCUGAAAGGAAAACCAUUGUGUGUGCCAAUCCGGCAAUACUCCAACAGGCAGAUGCGCACAGUAAACUGUGAGCGGCUGACAGAUGACCUGCGCAGGAGCCAACUCUUUCUGGUGCAAGUCAUCUGCUGGAAUCAGGGAUUCUACUAUCCCCUGGGGAUCGUAACUCGCAUCCUGCCCUCCAUCCAUCAAAUGGACGAUGCUCUUCAGAUACUUGAUUUUGAGUUUGGAGUUGCUGAUUCCAAGCAGUACCCCUCUACGGCAUCCAAAGAAUCUUCCAGACUGUGUGGUGAAGCCCAGGGGGAGGCAGAUCGCAGAGACUGCCGGAACAUUCUUACAUUCACAGUGGAUCCCCGAGAAGCCAAAGAUCUGGAUGAUGCCAUCUCUGUGCAAGAACUGGAUGGUCACUAUGAGAUUGGGGUUCACAUCACUGAUUUGGCUAGUGUCAUUCCUCCUGGAGGCGAAUUGGACAGAGAAGCCAGGAAAAGAGGGGUCACAUUUUACUCCCCAAAUCGAGAAGCCAUCCAUAUGCUGCCCAUGCAGAUUUGCUCUGACCACUGCAGCCUGAAGCCUAACUGUGAUCGCUUGGCACUAUCCCUCUUUGUACUAGUGGAGAAGGAAACAGAUCAGAUGGUACAGGGACACUUGUGCCAGACUCUUAUUUGUUCUGACCGCCAGCUGUCUUAUGAUGAGGCAAACGCAAUCCUUAGUGCCCGAGAAAGGCAGCCAUUGGCAUUCAGCAGCAUAGAGGACUGCUUGGCUGUAUGCUGGCAUUUCUCCCAAGUUCAUCGUGGUCACCGCCUUCAGGAAGCUGCCACUUACAAACAGCCUGAUGAAAAGUGCCCUCCUGGGGCCCGAAAAGCCCAAAUGAUGAUUGAGGAGUUGAUGGUUCUGUAUAACAGCUGGGUGGCUGAUUUCCUUACUGGUAAAGAAUCAUUAAUGGAUCUGGUCCCAGUGCGAUGUCAAGCGCCUCCCACCCUGCACAAGAUCCAAGAACUGAGAGAUAGGUUCAGCCACUUACUGCCUCUCUCCUCAUACCUUUCCCACCACCUAUUGGAAGUGCCCGAAAGCCCAAGCCCUACCACUGAGCAGCAAAUUACAGUAUUUACCUCUGUGUGGCAGCAAAUAGAAGAUUGCGCAGCGAGAAAUGAUUUUGAUGGUGUCAGUGACCUCCUGUUAACUGAUGAUCUGCACCCAGAAUUGUGCCAUGCUGUGCGGGAAUUCCGCAAAAAUUUAGGCCGUGCAAGCAUCACCCGAUCUGGAACCAGCGAUGCCACAGGCCACUACUCCCUCCAGCUGUGGGCAUAUACAUGGGCAUCCUCUCCACUUCGCAGAUAUUUGGAUAUUGUUGUGCAAAGGCUCCUCCAGGGCAUCCUCUUGGGAUCUACACCUUCAAUUUCCUGCAUGGAUAUAGACUUAUUGUGCCAUCACUUUGAGAGGAAGGUGCAUCAGGCAACAUCCUAUGAAAAAAGGGGCUUGGCACUGGAACUGGCACUUUCACUCAAGGGAAGAGCUCAGCAGAAAGUGGCUGUGGUGGUCUCUGUAGAUCCCAAAAGCAAUAACUUUCAGGUAGUUUUCCCAAUGGAUGGGGACUCUCUGGCCACUCCAUUGAAGGUAGAAUACCGGCAUCUGCAGCUGUCAGAACAGCCCAAGUACAUCUCUGGUGGGGUCUGCUUGUCCUGGAGUCGCAGGGUGUAUUGUUAUGAGAGUUUCCGGGAAAAGCCCCUAAAGAGCAAACUGUGUAGGGAUGUCACUACAUUCAGUGCCAGGGCCUGGUAUGAUGCAGUGUAUGCUAUGAGUAUAAGUGAUCCCACACAGGCCCUGUGCAUCCUGAAAAAGGGGGUGGAGGAGGCAGAGCCCAAUUCCAUGAUGCAGCAGAGCAGCUGUGGGCAUCACACCAAUCUGACACUAGAACUGAAACCUGGGGAGGCCUUACCUGUCCAGCUGUGCAGCUCCCUGGAACGUGGCAUACCCAUGCCAAAGCCCCAGCUCUUCUCUCCAAUACCAGGCAUCCACAUUUGUCUGGAACAUUCUGAAAGCCCAGUUGAUUGCUUCUCUAGCCGGGCACAUCGCGCCCCUCUCCAACGCUAUAGGAAUUCUCAUGAGUACCAGUUGGUGUGGUAUCCUCUCUGUGCAAUGGAAGCUGCAGUCUCUGCUGUCAGAGAAGGGGCUGCUGUUCUGCUAAGGAAUGUGCCAGUCAGGUGGAACAAAAACAAGACAGAAGGGGGGCUGCCAAAGAAAGGGUCCUUUAAACUCACCCCGCCCCUCAUUUCAUCUUGUGAGUUGGACAUGGACUUCCGGAAUUGUUACCUGUGCCUGCGCAUGGAGGGGCUACAAGUGGCGAAACCACAGUCUCCCAUGGAUUUGCACCGAUACACCUGGGUAGCUCAUUGCCUGACUGAUGCCUCGAAUCAUGUGACUGAGGAGCAUGGUGGAACCGUUAGUUUUCACCUCCACCAAAGGCCAAAUCAAGAGAUCCCAGAGGCCGUUCUACACAGCACAAACAACUUUAACAUAGAAAUUAUCCCCAAGCUCCUCCCAGACAUACGUAAGGAGGCUGCACUGGAUCAGCUAAAGGAGGCAUCAGAACUAGCGAAGAACAUUGUACUUGGGAAACGGGUCACUGACACUGACAACACCAAGUUUCAGAAUCAGAGGGAUUUUGAUAUUCCAGGAUUUGGAAGGGGGUUGAACCGCAGCCAGAGAGAUGCUGUGAAGUCUGCACUCAAGGGCCCAUUCACUGUCAUACAAGGGCCACCUGGUACAGGAAAGACUGUUGUAGGGGUGCAUAUACUUUAUUGGUUCCACCAGAUGAACCAGAAAGAGGGUCUGCAAUCUGAUCAGGAAGGGGAGGGGUUGGACAGAAGACUCCUUAUGUACUGUGGCCCCUCCAAUAAGUCUGUCGAUGUUGUUGCAGAGAUGCUCCUCCCAUUCCAGAGCAAACUCCGCCCUUUACGUGUGUACAGUGAGCAGAUCGAAUUGGAUGAAUUUCCAUAUCCCGGAAGUAGUCUUCGGAAGUCUGGAUACCUGAGGGAGGGAAAACUCAACCCACAGCUCAGUUCCAUCACUCUGCACCAUCUGAUCCGGAAGCCCACCAAUCAAUAUGCCAGUGAGAUUCUACUGAUGGACAGACGGAUCCAGAACAGAGAUAUGAUCACCCCCGAGGAAGUGGCUGAGUAUAAGAAACUGCUGUAUAAAGCUCGCAGUGCGGAACUAGCAUGCCAUGACAUCAUCCUCUGCACAUGUGUGACCUCAUCUGGAACCGCCCUCACUCGUCUGCCGGUGUCACAGCUUAUCAUUGACGAGUGUGCAAUGUGUACUGAACCAGAGACCCUUGUUCCACUAGUGAGUCACAAACAGGUCCAGUCGGUUGUCUUGCUUGGAGAUCACCGACAGCUCCGGCCUGUGGUUCUGAAUGACUUAUGCCACACUCUUAAAAUGGACCGCUCACUUUUUGAGAGAUACCAGGAGAGGGCACUGCUCCUAGAUAUUCAGUACCGUAUGCAUAGUGACAUAUGUGAAUUUCCCUCAAUGCAAUUUUAUGAUGGCCGCCUCCAUACUUAUGACCAGCUCCGCCUCCAGUCCAGUCUUUUCUGUCACCCGCGGAAAGCCUGCUGCCCAAUCAUCUUUGGGGAAGUGGACGGGCAGGAGCAGAGCCUGCAAGUGACCAGCGAGGAGGGAUAUUUCAAUUCCAAAGCAAACCUGCCAGAGGCAGAGCAAGCAGUGCGUCUAGUGAAGCUCCUGACUAAAGCAUCUGUGGAACAAAGUGAUAUUGCUGUCCUGACACCAUACAAUGCCCAGGCGUCGGAGGUCAAAAAGAGACUGCAGAGCGCUAUGCUGGACAACGUGACUGCUUGCACUAUCAUGAAAAGCCAAGGUAGUGAAUGGCGAUAUGUCAUCUUCUCCACAGUACGCUCUACCCCCGUCCAUGAGCUUGAUACUCACCCAACAUUCAGCUGGCAACGGCUUCACCUUGGCUUUGUGACAGAUCCCAAUCAGGUCAAUGUUGGUCUUACCCGGGCCAAGGAAGGUCUUUGUGUGCUGGGUAAUUAUCCGCUCCUGCAGUGCAACCCUCUCUGGGGCAGACUACUGCAACAUUACGGGCAGAAAGGAGCCAUUGUCCAUUCCACUCUAAUCAAUGUGUCAAAGCCGGGCCACCGGCGCCGCUAAGACCCAUUCAGAACAUUCCACUACCCCCUUCCUUGAUCUGGGGGCAUAUUCCAACCUUUCCUGCCAUCCAUGUACCAGCAUUAGAUUGCCAGCUCUUCAGACUUGAGGUAUUAUAAUGAAUUGGAUUCCAAUUGAAUGAUCUGUUAAUUGUGUCUAAUUGUCCUUCAAAAAAGCCCACUCCUUCUUUCUGUCUCCUAGUGAACCCCCCCCCCCCAUGGCUUAGUGGUGACUCCUCACAGGUUGGGGCACAUUUGUACUGAGCAUGGGGCAAUAAAUAUAUUUAUUUUA